CCGAAACGCCGUCUGGCGAGCGGAAAAGCCACGUCACUCGGUCCGCCAUCACUGUCGCCAUUGCCGUCACUAAGCAUAUAAAACCUGGCCGGCUCCGAUACCACUCACACGCCCCUCGAGUUGUAAAAAAAGAAAGGAGAGGAUUUUGUUUGCUCCAUAUUGUCUUUCUUCCUUCUUGAUUUUUUUUCUUUUCUCUUUUUUUCUUUUGUAACAAUUUCCUUCUCUGGACUGUCAUUUCUUUGGAAAAAAAAUAACAAUAUAUUCGUCUGCAUCUUCUGACAGUGUUUAUAUAAAUAUUACCAUAAAACAUAUUUAUACGCACGUACAAGCAUAUGUGUAUAUUUAUAUAUACAUACAUAAUACGACACAUUUACACAUGAGUAGUAUAAAUCAUAUAUAUAAGCAUAUAUUUAAUUAUCAAUCGCUGUUUCUUUGAACGAUACGACAAUAACAUAAACCCAGCCGGUUUCAAAUCGAAGCCUCGCCACUGUUUGUUGUCGUGUAGUGACUGACUUCCUGCAGUUGUUAGAGUUUGUUUGUUACUGUGAUUUUUAAUUAUUAUAACUACUUGUUUUUUUGGGGGAAUUAAUUUUUUUUUAGGUGGGUGCUUGUUGAAUAUUUAAAUUUUCCUUUACUAGUUAUUGUUAUUAUAAUUAAAUAGUUACAAAUGGAGUGUCUUGCGAGUACUUCGUCGACUUCAAUGUUCGUGUUUGUGACAGGACUGCUAUGUCUUUUAAAUGUGCAUACUGUGCUGUCCGGGGAACUUACGUUUGAGCUACCGGAUAACGAACGUAUGUGUUUCUUCGAGAGUAUAAAAGAAGGCCUCAAAAGCACACUGGAGUUCCAGGUAAUAACUGGUGGUAGUUAUGAUGUUGAUAUGGAACUUUCAGCACCAAGUGGUCAGAUAUUAUACAAAGACACUAAGAAACAGUAUGAUACCUUCACGUGGACAGCUGACCAAACUGGCGUGUAUAAAUUCUGCUUUAGUAAUGAGUUCUCCACAUUCUCCCACAAGGUUGUCUACUUUGACUUCCAGGUAGGCGACAAGCCUCCUCUGACUGCUGAUAUUGACUCACAUGCCACGGCACUGACUUUGAUGGAGAGCUCAGCUGUGGUUAACCAUGAACAUUUAAAUCAGAUAGUGGACUAUCAAACUCAUUUCCGACUUAGAGAGAGCCAGACUAGAUCAUUUGCUGAAGACCUCAAUGAGCGUGUGCUGUACUGGUCCGUGGGUCAGUCUUUAGUCAUCUUAAUCAUCACAGUUGGGCAGGUGCUCAUCAUGAAGAGUUUCUUCACUGAUAAAAGAGAGGUCAAGACGUAAGGCAGGGCAGAAAGCAAGAAAAACUACAAAGAGGUUAUGAGAUGCGGAUCAUGUUUAUUUCACAACCUUACCUUUUUUAACUGGAAAGAAGAGAAAAAAACCCAUCAAAUAUAUAUAUAAACAACAA